AUGGCAGUUGUUGGCCUUGAUAUGGGCAAUUUUUCGUCUUAUAUUGGUGUUGCCCGUGCUGGUGGUGUUGAAAUAGUUGCAAAUGAAUAUUCUGAUCGUCUUACUCCAACUUAUGUUACAUUUGAUAAAUCAAUUCGUGCAAUCGGUCAAGCAUCAAAAGCAAUGGAAAUAACUAAUGCAAAAAAUACAAUUUGUAAUUUUAAACGACUGUUAGGACGUCGAUAUCACGAUACAUGUGUUCAACAAGAAAAAGAACUUAAUGCUUAUUCUAUUGUUGAAGGCAAAGGUGGUUCAGUUAAUAUUGAAGUCAAUUAUCUUAAUGAACGUACACGUUUUACACCUGAACAAAUAGCUGGUGUUAUGUUUUCGAAAUUAAAACAUAUCACUAAUACAGAAUCAUCAACAAAACCUGUUGAUUGUGUUAUUGGUGUACCUUGUUAUUUUACUGAUGCUGAACGACGUGCAAUGCUUGAUGCUGCACAAAUAGCUGGAUGGAAUUGUCUUCGAUUACUCAAUGAAACAACAGCUGUUGCUCUUUGUUAUGGCAUUUACAAAGGUGAUCUUCCAGAACAAACAGAAAAACCUCGUCUUGUUGCAUUUGUUGAUAUGGGUUAUACAACAUUACAAGCAUCUGUUGUUGCAUUGAAUAAAGGCAAAUUAAAAAUGAUUGCAACAGCAUUUGAUCCAUCAUUAGGUGGUCGAGAUUUUGAUCGUAUUAUAAUGGAUGAAAUGCGUGAAGAUUUUAAAAAACGUUAUAAAAUUGAUUCAUAUAGUACGCUCAAAGCUAAAUUAAGAUUACGUGCUGAAUGUGAAAAAGCUAAAAAAUUAAUGUCUAGUAAUGUUCAACCAAUUCCAAUUUCACUUGAAUGUUUUAUUGAUGAAAAAGAUGUUAGUGGUAAAAUAUCAAGAGCUGAUUUUGAAGAAUUAGCCAAACCAUUACUUGAUCGAGUACGAAAUACACUUGCAAAUCUUCUUAAAGAAGCUGGAAUCACAACUGAUGAUCUUGAAUCUGUUGAAAUUGUCGGUGGUUCAACACGUAUUCCAGCUGUUAAACAAAUCAUUCAAAAUACAUUUCGUAAAUGUCCAAUGACAACAAUGAAUGCUGAUGAAAGUGUUGUACGUGGUUGUACAUUAAUGUGUGCUAUAUUAAGUCCAACAUUUAUAGUAAAAGAAUUUAAAAUUGAAGAUUGUCAACCAUAUCCAAUAACAUUAUCAUGGCAUGGUGGAAUUAAUGAAGAUAAUGAAAUUGAAGUAUUUAGUCGUUGGAAUGUUAUACCAUCAACUAAAAUGCUUUCAUUUUAUAAAAAAGAACCAUUAACAAUUUCAGCUCGUUAUUCAUAUCCAAAUGAUAUUCCAUUUUCUGAAUCACGUAUUGGUCAAUAUACAAUUGAUCAAAUUCGACCACAACCUGAUGGUACACCAUCAAAAAUAAAAGUAAAAGUUCAUCUUAAUCGUCAUGGAAUAUUUGCUAUUACACAAGCAUCAAUUGUUGACAAAAAUGAAGAAUCAACAGAAAUAGCUAUGGAUACAAAAGGAGGAAUAGAAAAAACUACAGUACCAAAUGUUCCAACAACAAAUGAGCCAACAGUUGAAAGUAAAACACCUGCUGGUAAUAAUCAACAAGACGGAGAUGAGGAUGAAGAUGAAGAUGAACCAAAAAAAACUACAACAAAAUCAAAAAUGAAAGGAAUUGAUUUACCAAUAAUAGUUCGUGUAUCAGGUACAACAAAACAAGAACUUGAUCAAUUAAUUGAACAAGAACAUGAAAUGAUUUCAAGUGAUAAAAGAGAAAAAGAGCGUUCUGAUGCCAAAAAUGCUGUUGAAGAAUAUGUUUACGAUAUGCGUGGUAAAUUAGAUGGUGGUGAAUAUGAAAGAUAUUCUGAUGAAAGAAAUCGACAAAGAUUAUUAAAUGAUUUACGAACAACUGAAAAUUGGUUAUAUAAUCAAGGAAUGCAUCAAGAUAAAUAUGCUUAUGUAGAACGAUUAAAUGCUUUAAAAAAUCUUGGUGAUCCGAUUCGUAAUCGUUAUUAUGAAGCUGAAAAUCGUCAAUAUUAUAUGCAAGAUUUUAUCAAAUCAUUAAAACAAAUCGAAGAUGCUAUACAAAUUUGGCAAACAAAAUCUAGUGAUAAAUAUUCACAUAUUGAUAAAAGUGAUAUUGAAAAAGUUUAUAGAAUUUUAACUGAAAAACGUAAAUGGUAUGAUCAAACAGCAAAUCGUUUUAAUACACUUAGACAACAUGAAGAUCCAGCUGUACUUUGUGCACAAAUCAAACAAGAACGAGAUGCACUUGAAAGAGAAUGCUGGAAUAUAUUGAACAAACCAAAACCAAAAGCAGAUCUACCGAAGGAUACAUCAGCUGAUGGUUCGAGAAGACAAGCUCCACCAUCUGAUGGUAAACAACAGCAAAAUCAAUCGCAACCACCUCCUCCAUCAUCCUCAGGCAAAAAAUUGUCGUCAUCAAAGAAGCAAAGUCAACAACCGAAUACGCAACAAUCUUCCAUGGAAACUGAUUAA